UGAAUGCGCUGUUCUUUUCAGCACCGUAGACCCAAGGCGCGUGCGUCCGCGAGCUUUUGGGAGCUAAAUCUGCAAGUCCGCAAAGAAGGCCCCAGCUGAAGAUGUGAGAUCACUGCUGCAGCGUACUUGAGCGCAAGAUACUCGUUCCCUCUGCCGCCUCCUCUCCUCCGUGCUUUUCCUUCUGUUUACCCGUCUCUUCCCCCUCCUCCUCCUGCAUCUUGACAUGUGUGCCCUGAGGGCUCGGGCCAUGGUAAUAUCUCAUACCUGCUCCCCACUGGAAUUAGGGGGUCUGCCUCAGCACUGAGGGGAGGGUUGGGGCACCUAUGGUCGAGCCCACCUGCCGGCCUUCCCGCCUCCAUUCUGAUUGGCCCGGAAUCUGCUGGACCCUUUCCCUCGUGUCGCUCCCAACCACCACGUUACCAUGGCAGCAACAGCGGCAAGAGAGGCCGCGGUGAGAUGUGACUGGGUCUCGCGGCACAGCCUCCUGGUCGUCCUGUUGGCCGGCUGCUGGUGCUGGCUGCUGGCGCACGGCCAGCGUCCGGAGACGCCCUCGGAGUACGCCCACUCCAUCCGCAUCGAUGGCGACGUCAUCCUGGGCGGCCUGUUCCCCGUGCAUUCGCGGGGCGAGCGCGGCGUGGCAUGCGGCGAAUUGAAAAAGGAGAAGGGCAUCCACCGGCUGGAGGCCAUGCUGUUUGCCAUCGAUCUAAUCAACAAGGACCCCGAGCUGCUGCCCAAUGUCACGCUGGGCGCUCGCAUCCUGGACACGUGCUCGCGCGACACCUACGCCCUGGAGCAGUCGCUCACCUUUGUGCAGGCGCUCAUUGAGCGCGACGGGUCGGAUGUGCGCUGUGCCAACGGCGACCCGCCCAUCUUCACCAAGCCCGACAAGAUCGUGGGUGUGAUCGGCGCUGCCGCCAGCUCCGUCUCCAUCAUGGUGGCCAACAUCCUGCGGCUCUUCAAGAUUCCUCAGAUCAGCUAUGCGUCGACAGCGCCGGACCUUAGCGACAACACCCGCUACGACUUCUUCUCCCGAGUGGUGCCACCCGACUCCUACCAGGCACAAACCAUGCUGGACAUCGUCACGGCGAUGGGAUGGAACUACGUGUCCACACUGGCUUCGGAGGGCAGCUACGGCGAGAGCGGCGUGGAGGCGUUCGUCCAGAUCUCUAGGGAGCUUGGUGGUGUGUGCAUCGCACAGUCGCUGAAGAUCCCCCGCGAGCCGAAAUCCGGGGAGUUUUUCAAGAUAAUCGACAGGCUGAUGGAAACCCCCAAUGCCCGGGCCGUCAUUAUGUUUGCAAAUGAGGAUGACAUCAGACGGGUCCUGGAUGCCGCCAGGCGCAGGAAUCACACGGGUCACUUCCUGUGGGUGGGCUCGGACAGCUGGGGCUCUAAAAUCUCUCCAGUGGUGGGCCAGGAGGAGGUGGCCGAGGGCGCCAUCACCAUCUUGCCCAAGCGCGCCUCCGUUGACGCUUUCGAUCGCUACUUCAAGAGCCGCUCUCUGUCCAACAACAGGAGGAACGUGUGGUUCGCCGAGUUCUGGGAGGAGAACUUCAACUGCAAGCUGGGCAUGCACGGCAAGCGACCUGGAAGCCCCAAGAAGUGCACAGGCUUGGAGAAAGUAGGCCGGGACUCCACCUACGAGCAGGAAGGGAAGGUGCAGUUUGUGAUGGACGCCGUCUACUCCAUGGCCCACGCCCUCCACCGCAUGCACAAGGACCUGUGCUUCGGCUACCCCGGCCUCUGUCCCCGGAUGAGCAACAUCAACGGCAAGGAGCUCCUGGGCUACAUCCGCGCCGUCAACUUCAACGGGACUGCUGGGACUCCCGUCGUUUACAACGAAAAUGGGGACGCGCCUGGACGCUAUGACAUCUUCCAGUACCAGAUGAACAACAGGUCCUCUGCCGAGUACAAAGCCAUCGGCCACUGGUCCAACAAACUGCACUUGAACGUGGAUGUGAUGCACUGGCGGACGCGUGACCCCUUGAUUCCACUGUCCAUCUGCAGCGCCCCCUGCAGGACGGGCGAGCGCAAGAAGAUUGUGAAGGGCGUGCCGUGCUGCUGGCACUGCGAGCGCUGCGAGGGCUACCACUACCAGGCCAGCGAGCUGACGUGUGAGGUGUGCCCGUACGAGCAGCGGCCCGACGCCAACCGCACCGGCUGCCAGGCCAUCCCCAUCAUCAAGCUGGAGUGGCACUCGCCCUGGGCCGUGGUGCCCGUCUUCGUUUCCGUCCUGGGCAUCAUGGCCACCACCUUCGCCAUCGUGACCUUCGUGCGCUACAACGACACGCCCAUCGUGCGCGCCUCUGGCCGCGAGAUGAGCUACGUGCUGCUCACAGGCAUCUUCUUGUGCUACGCCAUCACGUUCCUGAUGAUAGCCGCGCCCGACGUGGCCGUGUGCUCGUUCCGCCGCAUCUUCCUGGGCCUGGGUAUGUGCUUCAGCUACGCGGCGCUGCUCACCAAGACCAACCGCAUCCACCGCAUCUUCGAGCAGGGCAAGAAAUCGGUGACGGCGCCGCGCUUCAUCAGCCCGGCCUCGCAGCUGGUAAUCACCUUCAGCCUCAUCUCCGUGCAGCUGCUCGGCGUGCUGGUGUGGUUCGGCAACGACCCGCCGCACAUCGUGGUGGACUUUGACGAGCAGCGCACGCAGGACCCGACUAACGCCCGCGGCGUGCUCAAGUGCGACAUCUCGGACCUGUCCCUCAUCUGCUCCCUGGGCUACAGCAUCCUGUUGAUGGUCACAUGCACUGUUUACGCGAUCAAGACGCGGGGCGUGCCAGAGACCUUCAACGAGGCCAAGCCCAUUGGAUUUACUAUGUACACUACCUGCAUCAUAUGGCUAGCUUUUAUACCCAUCUUCUUCGGAACAGCACAGUCAGCAGAAAGGAUGUACAUCCAGACGGCCACCCUCACCAUCUCCAUGAGUCUGAGUGCCUCGGUGUCGCUGGGGAUGCUCUACAUGCCCAAGGUGUACGUCAUCAUCUUCCACCCGGAGCAGAACGUGCCCAAGCGCAAGCGCAGCUUCAAGGCCAUCGUCACCGCCGCCGCCAUGUCCGGCAAGCUGAGCCAGAAGGCCGGCGACCGGCCCAACGGAGAGGUCAAAACGGAGCUCUGCGAGAGCAUGGACACCAACAGUGCUGCUUUCCCCUGUCAAACAUGAAAGCGUUUACUCGCACAGUCUGUCUGUCAGCACUUUGGUUUCCGAGCGUCAUCGAGGUCAAUCUUCAUUUAUUUACUCAUUAGGGUUCUGCUGACGGGAGGAGCACAAGUUUGGGGUUUAGAUUAAAAACAAACAAACAAAUAAAAUGAUGUGGAUUACUGUUUUUUUUUUUCUUCUUCCUGGCAUAUUGCAUUUACACACUGAGAACUUCUCAUUGAGAAUUGUUAUGAUAAAGACGUAAGCGUUAGCACCUGGAACUGCAACGAACGCGCUGAAACAUUCAUGAAAAAAAAGAAGAGAGUGGUGAUGAGCUGAUGUUUUUUUUUCUAAUGAAAGGGGACACCUGAAGUCAUGUGACUUGACAGAAACACUGACCCCUCCCUCUCUUCCUCUCCCCCUUCCCACCAAAAAAUGAAAAAAAAAAAAAUACUUAAGCACAGGUAUACAGAUUGGUUCUGAGUCAAAGACAAUCCCACCUUCUCUAACGUGUUUCCCCCCUCCUGGCAGCUUCUUCGAACAAGACGACGUACGUCAGCUAUAGCAAUCAUGCCAUCUGAGUGGGGGCCACAGUCAAGGAGGGGACCCCCCACACACACACCUCCACGGACCCCUCCUGUCCAGAUGAGGAACCGUCCUACUUUUUUUCUCUAAGCCGUCGCAAGGAGAAAGAGGAGGAGAAAGAGGAGAAAGAGGAGGAGGAAGAGGAAGAGAUCCGCCUGUGAGCAAGUGACCAACCAAGCAUGAGACUUUUUUUCGAACGCCUCCCCCCCAGCAUUGAAACCCCAGCCCCAGCCACCGAAGGUGGAAUUUGGGGGUAGCGCGGGGAGCCCUGGCACAUGCAGCUGCCGCUCUCUCGCGGAGCUACCAGUCCUGCCAUGCACAAGAAAAACACAAAUGAAUACAUGGGUAAACAAAAAUACAAACAUGAACGGUCUCAUUGUUUGACAAAAAAAGAGAACAAACAAAAGAAAAUGUGAGACACUCACACACACACACAUAAACACAAAUGGACAAACAAACAAAAAAAAUAAAGAAGAAAAGAAACAAACAACCAGUGUAAACGAUAUACAGUACAGGAAAAAUGUGGGAAAAGACGUUUAAAAGAAGUUUAAAUGAAUUUUAAAAAAUUGUGCAAAAAAUAUCAGAUAUGAAAAAUAUCAGAGUUGAUCAUGUUUGUUGUUAUUCUACUUGUAAGUAUUUUUUGUGGUUGUGAAGAUUUUUCAUUCUUGUUCCACGUUGUUCGACCUGCAUAAUGGGAUGAGAUGUCUCUUGUAUAUGGCUAACUGGAUUGUAGCCCCCUGGGUUGUGACUCUGUAAAUGCUAUGGUUGAAGCAUGCCAGUUUUUUAUACAAAUGAUUUAUUUAUAAUAAAGGAAUGUUUUGCAAAUGUU